AUGCCUUCCACUCGUCAGCGCAAUACUGUCCUGGCCACAGCGGCAACCGUGUCGGCCGGCGCGCUGACAUUUGUGGCGCCUCCCAGCACCCCCAGCGCGGCGCGCAUCGAACCAGGCGUUGCCACCGGCUAUGCGGCCGCUUCCCAGCCCCAGAGCUCUGCGGGCGCGGUGGGUGCGGCGAUGCUGGCGGCGGGAUGCGCUGCGCGCGUGACGACCAAGGGCAAGGGCCAGAGGAAGGCCGUGAAGGUGGCAGCAGUGAGCACUGACACUGAGGUAGAGACUGACUGCAUCAACUCCAUCCGCUUCCUGGCCGUGGAUGCCGUGAACAAGGCCAACUCCGGCCACCCGGGUGCCCCGAUGGGUCAGGCCCCAAUCGGCUACUUGCUCUUCGCGGAAGAAAUGGCUUACAACCCCACGGACCCCACCUGGGUCAACAGGGACCGCUUCGUGCUGUCCUCCGGCCACGGAUGCAUGCUGCAGUAUUCCUUGCUGCACUUGGCGGGAUACGACAGCGUAGCCAUGGACGAUCUCAAGCAGUUCAGGCAGUGGGGCUCCAAGACACCAGGCCACCCGGAGAACUUCGAGACAGCUGGCAUCGAGGUCACCACUGGUCCCCUGGGCAUGGGUAUCUCGAAUGCCGUGGGCCUUGCUGCGGCGGAGGCGCACAUGGCGGCCGCCUACAACAAGCCAGACUUCACGCUCAUCGACCACUACACUUACACCAUUGCCGGAGAUGGCUGCAUGCAGGAGGGUAUCUCCCACGAGGCCUGCGCCUAUGCCGGCCACUUGGGCCUUGGCAAGCUGAUCGCCUUCUAUGACGACAACGGCAUCACCAUCGAUGGCCACACCGACCUCUCCUUCACUGAGGAUGUUGGAAAGCGCUUCGAGGCUUACGGCUGGCAAGUGCUGGUUGUGGAGAAGGGAGAUGAGGAUGUUGGAGCAAUCCGCAAGGCCAUCGCGGAUGCCAAGGCAUGCACGGACAAGCCCACCCUGAUCAAGGUGAAGACUACCAUCGGCUUCGGAUCCCCCAACAAGGCCGAUAGCCACGAUGCCCACGGCGCUCCUCUGGGUGCGGACGAGGCGGAGGCUACUCGAAAGCAGCUUGGCUGGAGCUACGGUGAGUUUGAGGUGCCCGACCAUGUAUACGCGGCCUUCAAGAAGCAGGCGGAUGCAGGCAAGGAGAAGCAGGCCGAGUGGGACAAGCUCUUUGCCGCCUACAAGGAGAAGGAGCCGGAGCUUGCCGCGCAGUUCGAGCGCGCCGUGUUGAACAGGAAGCUGCCAGACAACUGGGAGGAGUGCCUCCCCAAGCUGACCCCUGAGGACAAGGGCAAGGCCACUCGCCUUCAUUCGCAGGACUGCCUGAACGCCAUCGCCCCAGUGCUGCCGGAGUUCAUGGGCGGCUCUGCCGAUCUGGCGCCUUCCAACAUGACCCUGAUGAAGUGCACUGGUGACUUCUUGAAGGACAGCUACUGCGAGAGGAACUUCCGCUUCGGCAUCCGCGAGUUUGGCAUGGGCGCUGUGUGCAAUGCUCUCUCUUUGGACAAGACAGGCAUCAUCCCUUACUGCGCCACCUUCACCAUCUUCACAGACUACAUGCGCUCUGCCAUCCGUAUUGCUGCCUUGUCGCAAGCCGGCACGAUCUUUGUGACUACGCACGAUUCCAUCGCAGUAGGCGAGGAUGGCCCCACCCACCAGCCUAUCGAGACCAUUCCCUCCUUGCGCUUGAUCCCGGACCUCACGGUCAUGAGGCCUGCGGAUGGCAAUGAGACGGCCGGUGCCUACAAGUAUGCCGUGGAGCGCUCCAAGUACGAGUCGAGGCCUACCAUGAUGGCGUUCUCCCGACAGGCGCUCCCAAACAUUCCCAACUCCUCCAUCGAGAACACCCUGAAGGGUGCCUACGAGGUGGUGGAGUGCGAGGACCCCGAGAUCAUCCUCAUCGGUACGGGUUCGGAGGUGCACGUGUGCAUUGAUGCAGCCAAAGACAUGGACCAGAAGGUGCGUGUGGUGUCGAUGCCCUCUGUGGAGGUCUUCCGAUCGCAGCCUGACAGCUACAAGGAGUCCCUCCUCCCCAAGGGCGUGCCCGCACUCAGCGUUGAGGCCGCGGUCACCACUGGCUGGGGGGAGUUCUCCACAGCGCAGGUGGGUAUCAACGUCUUCGGCGCCUCUGCGCCGGGCGGCACCUGCCUGGAGAAGUUCGGCUUCACCGCUGCCAACGUCAAGGAGUGCGCCGAAAGGUGCCUCAAGGGCGAGACAGGCUGCCUGUCGGACGGCUCGCAGGGAAAGCACUGA